AUCUUUGAAGUAAAACAACAUGGCGAGGUUAUAUUUCAGAUUUUCUUUGAGAAGUUUGUGAAAAGUUAAAUUUUUCGCGUUGUGUUGAAAUUGUGUGUAUAUAUACAUAAUUUUUUAUUUAUUUACAAAUUAUUGUGAUUGUGAAUCAUCUCUUCGGAUCUGGCCAUAAGAAUUGUGGUUCGGGCAACUAUCCCAACUUAGAGACUGUUGUUGACAGAACUUAAGAAGUUAUUCGGAGAAAUUCUGCCUUCAAAUUGAAUGGAAAUGUUUUGUGGAAAUAACGAACCUUGGAUGUCCGGACAAGAACUUCCUACUGAAUAUUAGAUUUGAUUACAAUAUCGGAAAACUUCCACCAAGGUGAAACAUUCUACCCGAUCAUGUAGCAGUGGCGCACAUGAUGCGGCCUACGUGGAAGUGGGGGCGCUACUAUCCCCCGACGGGGGCGGCGUCCGUCGAGCCCCCGUGCGCCCCCCGGCCCCUUGUCCUCCUUCAGCGGUACCUGGCGCAACUGGCCCUCGCCACGACAGGCUUCCAUCGUUUCCUAGCCAGAUUCUCAGGCAGGAGACGAUCGUCACAUCAGCACAAGAAAACACCCCCCUGGGUGAAUUUUUUAGUUUUAGUGUUAGCCUCAUCGUUAUUCAGCAUAGUUGAUGCCUGUUCGUCGCGGACGACGCCCAAACCACGACCGCCACCACCGCCCACCCCACGACCUAAUAUCUCCUUCCCGACGUACCAGUGCCCUCCUGAAUUCGCGGCAUGGUAUUGUUUCAACGGAGCAACCUGCUUCACUGUAAAAAUUGGACCUUCCCUGCUGUACAACUGCGAGUGUGCAGAAGGGUUCAUGGGUCCCCGAUGUGAAUAUAAAGAUCUAGAUGGGUCAUACUUACCGGCCCAACGAGGAGUGAUGUUGGAACGUGCUAGCAUAGCAGGCGGCGCAACAGUGGCCGUGUUUUUAGUCGUUAUAUUGUGCAUAGUUGUAUACCUACAUUACAAACGUCAUACCAAAGUGUCGAGGACUUCUUCAGAUUGUGUAGAUAGUCGUACAUCUUCCGCUCAUACCCCUACGUUUGGGACACGAUGGCGGACUCGUCCGCAAAUUGAGCUGCCUGUUAGAGUGCAUGAUCGAGGAGACAUUAAUCCGCAGAGUAAAGUGGAACUGCAUCGGGUAACAACUUUAGUUUCACCGAUUACAAUUUCCGGACUCCAACAGGGACCCUAAGAGUGUGUAAAAGGUGUUUGUAUAGCUAGCGACCGGCAAACUGUGGUAUUUGAAGAGAUGGCCCCUUCUGUUAACUUUUUCCUUGAUUUCUCUGAACUCUUAUCGAAGAAAUCUGUCUGGACUCACAGAUAACAUUUGCAAUGAGUCUGUGGAAGCUCAGGUAUCAUAAGCAGACACUAACUUUAUCCUAGGUAAUCCUAGCAAGCAAUGGUAGCUGAACCUCAUAUAUUUCAAAAUCGAAGUGAUAAAAGCUUUAAUUGUGUAACCGUUUCUGAGACUGGAAGAAGAUACGGAAGUCCAUAAUUGGUAUAAUAACUUUUGUGGCAGUGAAUAGCACUUGUUAUAUGCAGCUUAUGAUGUAACUAUUAACUUAUUUUAUGUUUUAUUUUGUCACGCAGCUUUUUUCCUAUAUUUUUGUCAAUAUUUUGGCAGCAAUUUGAAUAAUAAAUGAAUAAUGCUAGAGGAAUUAAGAGUAGUGAAGUUUCUUGGCAGUUAUUCUUUUCAGUUAUAUACCAAAAACUCAACACAAGUAAUCAAUCAACCCAAAACUUCCAUAUCUAAUUUUCAGAAGAUAGACAUGUUUUAAAAUUUCAAUAGUUUUGAAAUUAAUUUCACUAGAUAAUGUAGUGAUCCAAAGUUUAAAUAUUUAUAUAUUUAUUGCCGAAUAUUUUGAAUCAUCAAAAAUAUUUUAAGAAAGAGAUUGAGUUCAGUCCAGGGAUUGAGUAUGUACUUCUAAAAUAUUUUUUUGAGAAAAUAGACAUGGAAGUUUUAGCUGGAAGAUCGCAAUCCAGACCACUAGCUAGCUAUAUGACUUUUACACUGAGACAGUGUAAAUGUACAGCAAGUCUGAUUAUUGUAAGUCUGAACUCUUCUUGUGUUAUAUAAGUUAUUGAGAGAAAACCUGUAAAUACCGUUAUUUGCGUUUAAGAGCUAUUUUAAUGGAUAUCUUUGUAUUAUACACAAUUUAUUUAUAAAAUUUAGGCAGAUUCACUGAUUUAGGAAAAUCACGAUAAUUUGUUGAAUUAUUUACAUUCCUGGCUGUAUAUUGGUCGAAGCCUCGCUCUAAUGUUGUUACUAUUGUUAAAUUUUUUUAAAUUAUUGCAUAGUCAAUUGAAUUAUCUAGAACUUCAAAAGAAACAUCCACAACCUUCAGUCUGUACGGAUGUCUAAACUUAAAAUUUCUCAGAGUAGAACUCAAUUUACUUUUGAGGAUUGUAAGGUUGAAAGAAAUUCUCGUUAAAACUAAUUCAUUAAUAUCUGACAGAGUUAACAAUUAAAUCACCCUCAAGCAAAAUAUCAACUGUUUAUAGAGACUUUAAGCUUAGACAUCUUUUUUACACUACCAAAACAAAUAGAAUUGAGUAAUAAAUAAUAGGAGGUUGUUGAGAAACACAGUAAAAUAUAUGUGCUUGUGCCUUUGCUGUAAUAGAUAGAGAAAAAUCUGAAUUGUAAAAAAAUAUUUUUCCAUGAUUUUAUCCAGGAAGUUUGGAUAAAAUACUAAAUAAUUUGAAUAAACUUUUGAAUGAAUUCUUUUUAUUGUGAAUAUCGAAUCAAUAAAUAUUUGGAAUGAAUUAGAGACAGAUCGCAUUUAUAGUAUUAAUAUUUAUAUUUUCUGUAAAUCUUGAACAUACUUUUGAUGAAAUUUGAAAAAUUAUUCAAAUUCUGUACCGUUUCACUUGGGUGAAAUAAGAGGAAAAUCAAAAUUCAAUUUUCGGAAAAUUGAUCUAGUGGAAGGGAUCAUAUUGUCACUUAAAAAAUGUCACUUCAAAAAAAUUAAGUUUCAAAUCAAUUUAUGAUCUGUGCCAUUUAUAUAAUUUAUGAAGAUAUUUCCAAAUUAUCAUUUAGCGGAGGUCUUUCAAGUAAUUCCUAUUAAUCUGCAUCAAUCUUAAAACAAUUCUAUUUUGUUCCUCAUUUGGUAUAUUCCACGGCUGUCUAAUAAAAGAUAAUCUACAACCUUCAGUUGUGCUACUUUAAUAUUCCCUUGAUGCCGGUUACUAAUGUAAAAAUGUCGAUAAAAUUUAGUUCUGAUGUAAAAUUGAUAUUCAUAUUAUACUGCUCAGUAUCUGAUGGAGGUAUCAAAACUAAGGUAUUCGAUAAUGUAUUUAUAAGCACUUGGUUCCUAACUUAGUAUAACAAAUGUAAUAAAAAAAAUAGUUUCACAUACCAAAGCUGUAAAUGUUCGCUAUUUUAGUUCAUAUUUUAAAUUAUUAAAGUAUUCUUACCGUUAUUUAUUAAUUUUAAGUGAUUAUUACUGCUUUGGUAUGUGGCUGAAAUUUGAUUUUCAUCAUUUCCAAUGUGAAAAUCUAUGGCAUUGUUUUUACUUUCACACAUGACCAACUCGCAGACUGUAUGGAUCCAGUCUUAUCACAAAAUAUUGUUAUGAAUUCCUUCAGGCUGAAUUAUUGCUUCACUCAUGAAAUUGUAAAAAAAAAUUUAUCUUGGUAUUAUAACAUUUGUCUUUGAAUAUUUUAUUUCUAUGUGCAAAUACAAUCUGUGGUUUUCCAUACAAGAUCUGCUUCGUAAAUGAUGUCAAAACAUUUUGUCCAAUAGGUAUUUUAAGCUCACAAACCAAAGCCCAGUAGUAGACGUUCAUGCAGCUUUCUAGUGUUUUCUUGAUGUAAAUUUUAGUAAUGCUUAGAGAAUCAUAUGCAAGCUGCAUUAAGUAUGUCAUAUUGAAAUAGACCCCAAGUAUUGAUCAAUAUAAAAAUUAUAUUACAACAUUUUGUUUCAUACAGCAUACACUCCUAAUACAGUGUAUCUUUUAAAUUUCGCCGUUUUUAUAAUUGAAUCUUGUAUAUAUUUUUUGAUCAACAAAAUGUUAGAAACUUGUUCAUUACUUUCACAUGAAUAAUAUUAAUCGAAAUAAAAAAUAAUAAAAUCAUAUUACUAA